CAUUUCUUAAUUCAAAGGAAAAAUUAAUAAUUUGAACUGAUGAGCUCUUCUAUCCUUAACAAAAUCUUAUCGUCACCUACAGCUUCUACACCCGCCUGCAAUCGAGCUCGUGACUAUAGCAAGAAUGACGAUGAUGAUGACUCUUCAUCGUAUUUUCAAAGAACAGUAUGCUUGUUUGAUUGGUGGUUGAUUAAAGCAGAGAAGGACUUUCAUGGCAAGAGACUUGCUGUUGCUGGAUUCACAUCUAGAGAGCUGCAAGCAAUGCGUGUAUUUACCUCUGCACCCAUUGUUAAGAGAUUUGAUGUUUUCACUCUUGAGACAGCUGACGGAAUCUGCAUUAUCCUUAAAGGUUUCAUAAACAAGUCACGCACAAUUCAAAAUGGAUUUUCCUAUGAGGUUUUUAGCCAUUUUGUGUUUGGCUUUCCUACUAAUUGGGAAGCAUGUACAGAAAAGUUAUUUGGAAAAGAGUUAAUGACUGGAACUGGUUCAGCAACAUUCUCCAAUGUUAACAAAUCAGCGGCAGUUUUGGAAUUUGCAGCUGUUGCUGGCUUGGAAAACUCUGUGUCAAAUGCAACUCAAGGUAAAUACAAGAAGGAAAAUGACAGAAGAAAUCAUAAUCUUGAAAAUAUACGUGAUUAUACUGAAAGUUCGUUUGAGAGGAUCACUACCAAUGGCUCAAAAGAGACUGUUAGUUCACUUGAGGAUGAUUUAGCGGUGCCAGGAGAACCAUCAAACCAUCAUGUGACAGAAUCUUCUGAGAGAGUAGCCAAUUCAGAAAGCAAUGUAAAAUGUAACGAAGGGACAAUUAGGGAUUCAAGGGUGGAAGAGCCAUCAAAUUUAGAAUGUACGUUUAUGAAUUCUGCCAUGGGAAAGUCUCCAGUACCUAAUGAUUCUGACAAUCUUAAUUUGUCCCACUUGGACCCAGUUGUGUCCAGAGGAAAUUCAGGUGUGGAGUGGGUGACGAUCUCUAGUAGCCUAAAGAUAACAGCAAUGCAGAAAGAAAAUGAUCAAAAUAAGGAUGGGCUGAAUUAUGGAAAAAAAGAUUGCUUUACAGCUUGCUUGUUCCAAGACUCUGAGACUAUUUUAACAUGUGCUGGUGAAAAAUCAAGUGGAGUUGAAAAUUUAAAUUUGUUGAGUUCUGGUCUUAAAGUUAUGCCUAAAAACCUUUUGUUUACAUUUCCUAUUGAUGGAAACCCAAAUGUUCCAGAAGUUUUGGGUAAUUAUAUUAAUGAUGCCACAAGAUUUCCUGUUGUAACUUCAGCUAUGAAUAUUAAUAGCACUCCAUCUCGGGUGGAUACAAAUGCUAUAAAAUUUACCCCUAGUAAUUUUGGAGGUGGAAAGGGUACAAGUAGCUUGAGAAAUCUGGGCAAUCAGAAAAGGCACUCUGAGUUUAGUGGUUCUGAUAAGGUUAAAAGCAAAGAGUUGAUGUCUGAGGUCUCUGAACUUUUAGGAGAAAACUUGAAGAGGUGUUCAUCACAGGGAACCAUUCAUUCUGAAAGGAUUAUGGGUACACCUGAGGCAGUUAGAAGCCAAUCUAUUAGAAGAAUGAUCAGAAAUUUGCUUAAAAAUUCAAAAGGCAAAGAGAAGGAAGGACAAACAGUUGUCUGUGGGUUGAAAGCUAGAAGAAGGAAGAUCAAUUCUGUCUCAGUGAUCUCUAAUCAGAAGAGCAAUACCAUUCAAAAUGACAUUUUAGAAUGUGAUAAUUUAUUCAAUUUGAGUGAUGAUGAGCUUGAAGAUCCAACUGAUAAUACUUUGGUAAAAGAUAACUCAAAGCAGAGACGAGACCGUAGAAAAAUAUCCCGAACUGGGACACCAAGGAAGAACGCGAAAAACUUUGCCCAGCGUCUCAGUGGGCCUAGUGAUGGUGAUUGUCAAAGUGACAUACAAACUGCAGUUGGUGAGAAAGAAAAAAGUGCUCAACAACUUGGCUCCUCCAGGAAGAAAGCUCACAGGAAAAUUAAUUUUGAUAUACAUGCAAGUCCUCUUACCCGCGAAAGAAAAGAGAAAAUAUCUAUUAUUUCACCAGAAUCUUUGAGUCUCAAACGAUCCAGAUCAGGGAGACUGCUUCUGCCUUCCCUAGAUUUUUGGCGCAAUCAAGUUGCAGUUUAUGAUGCGGAUCGUAAAAUCACUGGAAUUCAGGAAGCUGUAGAUGAUGUUAAACCAUCCAAAGUGUCUGUAGGGAGUAAAUCUGAGCCUCGGAUCAAACGUAGGCAGUGAACAAAGCGGAGUAUCAACGGGAGCUUUUGUGUUAGUAAGAACAACUGUAAGCUCAUUUACAAUGGCAAUGACAGCAUAUAGUAGUUUGAAAUUAGGGUUCUUGUUUGAAGUUAAAGCAGAUCAGUGAAAAAGAGCAUCACAAAUUGGUUCUAGCAGUUGCAACCAUGCAGGGGCCUCAUAAGCCAUCUCCACCACAAAUACUUGUAGUCUUUUUUGAAAACUAACAUUUCUUGCUCCACUAACAAAAGUAGUUUAAACUUAGAACUACUUUUUUAACAAUAAAAUUAUGGAUAUACACUUUUAAGUACAUAAUUUGGUACAUAAGUGAUAUGUCAUUAAGUGAUUGGUUGAUUUUGAAUUUAUAACAAUUAUGUACUAAAAAGUGUAUAUACAUAGCAUUGUACCAUUUUUAAAUAGUUGGAAAACGAAAGCCAUUCUCAA